UCAGUUGCUAAGGUUUUGACAGACAGUGGGGAGUUGAGCGUUGACAUCAGCUGGUUCAGUCUCCAGGCAGAAGGAGCUCAUCGCCGAGAGAUUCCUACAGUCCAUUAAAUAUGGCCAACCGGCCGGGCUUUGAAGACCUGAAGACUCACUGCGAUAGCCUUUAGUGGUCAGUCCGAGCCUGAAAGUGAGGAUGGAGACGAUACUUCCAUGACCUCCUUUGGCGUUGCCGUCCGAGGCCUCCCCCUGGCCUUGGCGUCCAUGACACAAGCUACCGCCUCAGACUCGCGCUUCCACCCUAAAUGGCGGGCGAUCACUGUGGCGACCCUGCUGGCUUUAGUGCUCAUGUUAUACCUGAACCGGACAGUAGGGGGCAGAGACCCUGCUACCAGAGGUUACUACCGCAACGGGGUUCACAGUUUGCAAAUGCAGGACGACAUCUUCAGGGACACAAACGGACAAACCGCACAAAGCCUCUCCCGCCACCAGAGAGGGGAAAAACUUUACAAUGACACAUACCCGCUAAGUCUGCCAGAGAAGACGAAGCACGGCAUCCGCUACCGUAUCGGUGUGAUUGCAGAUCUGGACACGGCGUCGCGUAGCUCUAAGGAUCAGACGUGGUUCAGCUACAUGAAGAGAGGUUACCUGAGUGUUUCCAACAACGCUGACAGACUGGAGGUGGAGUGGGAUGCUGAGACAGUCACACUGGAGAGUCAUCUGGCUGAGAAAGGACGAGGUAUGGAGCUGUCUGAGUUGGUGGCGUUCAACGGCCACCUGUACAGUGUGGACGACCGUACGGGCGUGGUGUACAGGAUCGAGGGCAACCAGGCUGUCCCCUGGGUUAUAUUACCUGACGGUGAUGGCUCCGUCUCCAAAGGGUUCAAGGCGGAGUGGCUGGCGGUGAAGGAUGAGCACCUGUAUGUUGGCGGCCUGGGGAAAGAGUGGACCACGACCUCUGGAGAAGUCGUCAACAACCACCCAGAGUGGGUGAAAGUCGUUGGCUACCAUGGUGAUGUGCAGCACGAGAACUGGGUGCCGCACUACAACGCCCUGCGGAGCGCAACAGGGAUACAACCACCAGGCUACCUUAUCCAUGAAUCAGCAGCGUGGAGUGAGCUUCUCCAGCGCUGGUUUUUCCUCCCUCGCCGCGCCAGUCACGAGCACUACGAAGAGGCUGCAGAUGAGCGGCGUGCCACCAACCUCCUGCUGUCCUGCCCCACAGAUUUCAGCUACAUAACAGUGCGGCACGUCGGACCGCUCAACCCAACCCAUGGGUUCUCCUCGUUUAAAUUUGUCCCAGACACAGACGAUCAGAUUAUUCUGGCCCUGAAGUCAGAGGAGUAUGCAGGCAGGAUUGCCACCUACAUUAUUGCAUUCACGCUAGACGGUCAGGUGCUGAUGCCCGAGACAAAGAUAGGGGAUGUGAAGUUUGAAGGACUGGAGUUUAUUUGAGAAGGACAGCGCUGAAGGUCUGCAGGGGUCCUCCAUGGUUUAGAAGAUUAGGAAGUGGACUGUAGAUGUGCAACACUCUUGUUUUGAGUCCGUAGUAUUACAUUCCCCUCUCAGUUCUACUGUGCAAUAAUGUCGUAUGACCCAAAGCUAUAUAUUUCAUAAUUCUAUUGUAUGAUAAUUGAGAGCAGCAAGAGAAGGUAACAGGGAAGGAGAAUGCCACACCACCACCAGGGAAGACAUUUACGUGUCGUAAGAUUUGAAAUGCUAUUAUGUUUAAGACACUACAGAUAUUCCAGGAGUCUGGGGAAGAAAAACAAACUUUAUAAGCGAGUAGCCGUCAGUCGAUCAAGCACCAGGCAAAGUGGAUCUCCUCCCCUGCAGCCAAACUGCUGGUCAGACACUCAGGGGAACAAACAGGAUACAAUAUUUUAAGGGAUAGAAUCAAAUGUCCUUAAAUUACUUGAAAUAUUAGAUAUACUCAUAGCUCUGUGUUUUAUCUUACCUGUUCAGACACGCAUAAGUCUGUCAUAUUUAUAUUAAUGUAAUGGGUCUAGUUACAAGAUGCAUAUCAACUUCUGAUUCAUAAACUACAUGUGAUAAGUUUUUCUUUGGAACAGGUCCACCUCACAUUUAUCACCUGUCAAUAAACUGUUGUUAGCUUCUCAGGACAGAAAACGAGUGAAGCACCAGCUAUUUUUAUUUUAUUUAUACAGUAACCAUUCAUGAAUUCAUUUUGUAUCCUCCCAAAAUACAAAUAUUUAAAAUAUC